GCUACUUAUUCUUACACGACUGUCCGCGCAUGCUAGUAGCAGCACCAGUGUUUGCAUUUGUUGGACGAAGGGAAACAUUGCUGGCUAGCCAGGAUACCUCCGAUUUGUUCUGAUUUUGUGUCCGUGUACAGGUCCGUUUUGGCCUAUUAUUAAUCACAGGAGUAUCGGUAAAGCAGAAUCUGCAUCUGUGAAGCAUCAACAUGGCAGUCAGAAGGGGACACAUCAGAUACCUCAAAGUGUGUGAGGUGCAGAGUUGUCAGGGUGACAAUAGGGAAUCGCAACAGCAUGGCAGUAAGAGUUCAAUUAACAUGAAGCAAGAAGCUUAUGAUAACGGUUACGACGAACACAUGGAAGAUGAGCCCAAAGAUGCCAAAACCAACCUUAUCGUCAAUUACCUGCCCCAAAACAUGAGUCAGGACGAGUUGCGGAGUCUCUUCAGCAGCAUUGGCGAGGUGGAGUCUGCCAAACUCAUCCGCGAUAAAGUGGCAGGUAAUCCCUAUCACAAAAACCAGAGCCACAGUUUAGGGUACGGAUUUGUUAACUAUGUUAACGCUAGUGAUGCAGAAAGGGCUAUCAAUACCCUCAAUGGGCUGAGACUACAGUCUAAAACUAUCAAGGUGUCCUUUGCCAGGCCAAGCUCUGACGGUAUUAAGGAUGCCAAUCUUUACAUUAGUGGGCUGCCCAAGACCAUGACACAGAAAGACGUGGAGGAUAUGUUCACACGCUAUGGCCGCAUCAUCAACUCUCGUGUAUUGGUCGAUCAGGCCUCAGGCCUGUCCAGGGGUGUGGCCUUUAUCCGCUUUGACAAACGGGCCGAGGCGGAGGACGCCAUCAAAGACCUGAACGGCCAGAAACCCCCUGGUGCAUCGGAGCCCAUCACAGUGAAGUUCGCUGCCAGCCCCAACCAGGCCAAGAACUCCCAGCUCAUCAACCAGCUCUACCACAACCAGGGCCGGCGCUUUGGAGGUCCAGUACACCACCAGGCCCAGAGAUUCAGGUUCUCUCCGAUGAGUGUGGACCACAUGAGCGGCAUGUCUACGGUUAGCGCUCAGGGGAACUCCACGGCUGGCUGGUGUAUCUUCAUCUACAACCUGGGCCAGGAUGCUGACGAGGGCAUCCUGUGGCAGAUGUUCGGGCCGUUCGGAGCCGUCACCAACGUCAAGGUCAUCCGAGACUUCAACACCAACAAGUGCAAAGGCUUCGGCUUCGUCACCAUGACCAACUACGAGGAGGCCGCCAUGGCCAUCGCCAGCCUCAACGGUUACCGCAUUGGAGACAAGAUCCUGCAGGUUUCCUUCAAAACCAGCAAGGGGGGUCACAAGUAAACUGAAGAGGGUUAAGGGUACUUGUUUUCUAUUCUUACAAUGAGAGGGGAGGGGGGGGUAAAAUGAGAUUGUAAAGGCUACACAUGUGUUAUUGAAAGGAGAUAAUCUAUCUCCUUGGUUCUUGUAAUUUAAUUUCUAUGCUAACUGUCACUUAGAUAUUUGUCUUAGCCAGUAGAAAAGUAGACUUCUUGCUGUGACAAAAUUACCUUUUGUCUUUUUUUGCUGGGGAGGGGUUCUGAAGUGUACAGGAAGGUUGUUGACCAAUUCUUGAAUGUUUUAAUGAUCUGUGGGUUAUGUUGGUCUGUUAAAGUGCCACAUACAUGGUUGAGGGUGACGAUAACUCCUGCCAUAUUUAACGCUCUGAUUCCUACAUGCUUGCCAUUUCUCGAUUUUUAACAGCCAUUUUAUCAUGGUCAGUGAAGUACAGUGCUCAAAGCUAGGCCUUGAUUUCCAAUAGAACCUCAAGUCUUUCUACACUCCUAUUCUAAGAUACACAUGUCAUUUUGAACAUGCACAAGUCUUGUUCUAAAUCUACACAUCAGAGUAUUAGAUAAAGCAUGCCCUUCUAGAUGCGAAGUGGUCAUGUGCUGGCAAUGCAUUUGAAUACAAAAAAAAAUUGUGUAGUUGGGGACCAAAGAGAAAGGACUAACAAAUAUUUGUUUUCCCCAAUCCUCUAAUUAUACAUGCCCUCUGACAUUAAACCAUCAAAUCUGAGUUGUGAAACAAACUAAAGGAAAGAUUUAAAUGAUUCAGUUGAUCAGAAGAUAAUCUAACUAAUUUUGAUACAUGGCUUUUUUCCCCCUGAGUUAUGCAAGCUUUACCCAGUCCAAUGCUUUUCUGUUUUCAAGUAAUGUUUUAUUUUAUUGAAACUGCCUUUCAACGUGAACUUAUUUUCCAUGAUUGUUUGAUUGACUUUUGCCAUUAACAUUUAUUUCGUGGAAGUUGAUGUUUAUUCCACUUUUUUUUUUUUAUAAAAGUUGACCUUUUGCUUUUAGUUUGGUUCAUUGCGUUUGAAAGUUACCGUUUCAUAAACACGACUAAAUACCA